GAUCAUUCGAGGCGCAGACUGCCACUUGGCUGCAGCCUUUAUAUAAAUGGCUCUGCUGUGUAGAGGUGGUAAAGGCUUCUUGCAAAGGCCACAUUUGAGGUUGUUCAUCUAGCCGAGUAAGCUGCAAAUGAUCAGGCGUUUGCUUGCUCCAAUUGCAGUGCUGCAGCCAUUUCAGCCAUUUUCAUUGACUGCGGGCGCCCUCAGCCAUGAACACCCAGCAAAUCGGAGUUUUUCUCCUGCUUUUAUCCAUAAGUGGUGCAGCAGAGGUGCCAAAAGAGUCCGUGACCUUCUCUUUGCACGACUACAAUGAUCUUUACAGACGGGCUGAGUUGAAGGACUUGCAGAGGCAAGUGGUUGAUGAGAGAGCGGAUCUGCAAAGAGAGAAGAAGGAACUGGAGGAUCGCUACCUGAAACAGCAAAGAGCUCGAGUGGAACGACUGGAGGUGCUUCCACAGAAUUGGCAGCUCCUCAGACACAAAGCCGAAGGAGAAUGUCAAUUGCAGCAUGGGCAAGAGAGGGCUCCAGCAACUUACAAUUUUAUCAUGGACUUUCGAAUCUUCGAGAACCAAUGGACAGCGAUUCGCCUCAUCGAUGCCCAGACGAUCGUGACCGACUGGUCCAUCCAACGACGUCCGGCGGUCUCCGCCGCGGAGUUGGAGUUGGUGACCUUGGGCCUUGACAGCUUUUUGACCGUGCAGCGACGGCCAGAGGUGGAAGAGGCCGAGGCCUGGGAAGAUCAUACCCUGGUGACGAACGUCUCUGGUGUCUACAGGAUUUCUUUCCGAGCCCAUUCACAAGUGCGCAGCAAUCGACAACUGCAGACGUUGCAGCUGAAUCUUCUACACCCCAUUACAGAGACCAAGCUUCGGCUGGGCACGCAGCAGGGACGGAUCAGGGAGAUUUCCGUGGAGCCCAGCGCGCAUUGGGAGACCAAGGAGGCUGCCAACGUCACGGACAUGGAGUUAAAGCUCCCGAGCACCAAGCAGCUCAGCGUGAAAUGGCGUAUUGUUCCUCGAGAGUCUGACGAUGGACUUGGAGGUCUGGAAGCUGCUUCGCCCGACACACAAGCAGCUCAAGUUGAAGCCAGCGUAGUGCACGAUGCUUUGCAUUCUGUGGACGAGAGUAUACUUCAAAGCCUGCACUCCUUCAAGUAUGUCUUAGAUUCAGAACAGUCGCUGAACCAAAUCGAGAUUCACUUUCCUGGAUCCGAGCGCAUCACGAGUGUGGUUGCACCGGGCAUGACCACCUGGAAGACGAGUCCGCUGAACACUACGAACUUAGAAGGCAGCAAAGUCCGGAUUUCGUUCAAAAGCUCUGCAAUCUCCAAAGAAGUGAGCAUUCUGGUGACCACAGAGCUUUCAGUCGCACAACAUGGACUUAUCCGAUUGCCAACGGCGUACUGUCAACGCGUGCUGCGCCAGUCUGGCACCAUGGCUGUGGUGAAGCUUUCGAACAUUGAGUUGCAUCAGGAGGCCGCUGCAGGAGUAGCACGACUGGGCUUGGACCAGGUGCCUCUGCACAUGAGCAGCAGGGCAGGAAGGCCAAUCAUUUUGGCGUACAAGUUCCUGGCUGCAGCUCAUGCAGUGGAUCUCUCAGUAAUCCACCAUGAGGAGCUCAACACUUUGGAGUCUGUCGUGGAUACGGCACUCUAUAAGGUCCUGGUCGUGGACGGCCAGUUGAUGCACAGUUUGAUGCUCCAGCUGCAGAACACUCAGCGCCAAUACAUGGCAAUCCAAGGAAUUGCCCAGAAUGCCACCAUUUGGACCACCCGGGUGAACAGCAUGGACUCGAAGUUGGCCUCUCAAGGUGCCGCGCUGUUGGUUCCUCUGCAAGCUGGUGCUGGUGCUCAAGCAAAGUCGUCCGUGGAAAUCGCUUGGGUGGAACCACUCGAGCUGCAGCGGAAUGGCACCGUCCGGCUGAAACCUCCUCGCUUGGACAUGCCCAUGGCUGCCUUGAGCGUGGAGGCGUAUGGGAUUUUGUCCUCUCGCAGAGAGCCAUUCUCGGAGUCUGUCACCCUAAGAAGUGCCCUCCAGGUCUGGUUCCCCAAGGAAUACGAGGUGAACUUCACGACGACCAUGCGACAGGUGGAAACUUACUCCCAGCGUCAGCCCAGCGCUGUGAACUACAAGACGGAAUCCCACGUGGUUGAGCAGGAUUUCGACUUCGCAUCGGUGCCGAGAAGCAAGAAUGCUGGCGUGAAGAGUAAGAUGCCAACGGCGGGAAGCCGUUGGCGCUUUGAACAGCUCUUGGUCGUUGAUGGAAAGGCUGACCUGGAGAUAGCCUACCAGCAGCCGCGUGAAGUUCCGGUCAGCUGGCAGAAGUACUUUGGAAAGCUCUGGGAACAUGUCCUGUGAGAGACAUCGGUCGGAUCUCCAGGAUGUGCCAGUCGCAAUUUUUGGGACGGGCGGCGCUUUUGAACCGUCCAUGGUCCAAACAUGGAUUCCAAAUUUGGAAAGGACAUCAGCUUUGUAAAGAUGUCGUCUCCUCACUGUACAGACUUAUUGGCUUCCAAAGCACCUGCCCAUGCCGUUGGGCUUCCAAAAACGGCUCCCUUGCCAGUUGGAAAAGAUGAUGUGGUCUGCUGCGGGAUCGCGCAUUCCUCCAUCCACUCCGUGCGGACAAUUCGCUCUGUGUGGGUUGAUGCUUUGUGUGUUUGACAGCAUGGCGACGCCAAUUUGCAGAUUCUACUCCAAGAUAACAAGAAAACAUGGACUUUUCCUCACCCACUCAUUCUCAAAAUGUGUGAAUGAAGUCUGAUGGCCAUGGAUGGCUGAGUCCUUGCGAAUGCUCGGCCCAAUUGCCACAACCAAGGGCUAACUUUCCAAGAAUGUUGUUUUGUGUUGGCAUCAGCUCAGCAAGGUACUCAGUGUCAUUUAG